AUGUGUGGUAUCUUCGCUUAUCUUAAUUACCUCGUGCCCAAAGAUAGAAGAACGAUUGUUGAUACCCUUGUGAGUGGUUUAGCUCGUCUCGAAUAUCGUGGUUAUGAUUCAGCAGGAAUGGCAGUGGAUGGUGACGAUUCUGAACAAGUAUUCAUCUUUAAACAAGUUGGAAAGGUUGGCGCCUUGAGGAAGUUCUUAGCUGAAAGGGAUAUUGACUUUGAAAAACAAUUUGUAAGUCAUUGUGGUAUGGCUCACACCCGUUGGGCUACCCAUGGUGAACCUUCACAAAAUAACAGUCACCCUCAUCGCUCCGACGCGAAAGGCGAAUUCACUGUUGUUCAUAACGGUAUUAUCACCAAUUAUAAAGAAUUAAAGACAGUUCUCGAAAAAAAAGGUUACGUUUUUGAGUCAGAUACCGAUACAGAAACUGUUGCCAAACUUGCAAAAUAUUUAUAUGAUACUCAAAAUCCAAGCCAAAAUCUCAGUUUUACUGCAUUAGUCAAAGGUGUCAUUAAGGAAUUGGAAGGUGCUUUUGCCUUAAUCUUCAAGAGUACCCAUUUCCCUAAUGAAAUGGUUGCCACGAGACGUGGAUCACCACUUUUGGUUGGUGUUAAAACAGAGAAAAAAUUAAAAGUUGAUUUUGUUGAUGUCGAAUUUGGCACUGAUGAAAAAGUUCCGGUUCCGGAUGGAAAUUUAUUGUCUCCCACAGAUGGACUUCCAAAACUUAGACGUAGUCAAUCACGUGCUUUCCUUAGUGAAGAUGGGUUACCUCAACCAAUUGAAUUCUAUCUUGCUUCUGAUCCUUCCGCUAUCGUCGAGCAUACUAAACGUGUGCUCUACCUUGAAGAUGACGAUAUUGGUCACAUUAGUGAAGGAGAAUUACAUAUUCACCGUUUAAGACGUGACGAUGGAAUAUCUGCUGUUCGUUCUAUCCAAACUUUGGAAAUCGAGUUAGCCGCAAUCAUGAAAGGUUCAUUCGAUCAUUUCAUGCAAAAGGAAAUUUACGAACAACCAGAAUCGGUUGUAAAUACCAUGCGUGGUCGUGUUAAUUUUGAAAGUCAUAAGGUUACUCUCGGCGGUCUUAAAGCAUAUUUAGCGACUAUAAGAAGGUGCAGACGUAUAGUGUUUUGCGCGUGUGGCACUAGUUACCAUUCUUGUGUGGCUACUCGUGCUAUUUUCGAGGAAUUGACCGAGAUUCCUGUAUCAGUAGAAUUAGCUAGUGAUUUCCUAGAUAGAAAGACUCCUAUAUUCAGAGAUGAUGUUUGUGUGUUUGUAUCACAAUCUGGAGAAACCGCUGAUACCAUUCUUGCUUUAAGAUACUGUCUUGAACGUGGAGCUCUAUGUCUUGGAAUUACAAACACCGUCGGAUCUAGCAUUUCACGUGAAACACAUUGUGGUGUUCAUAUUAACGCUGGUCCCGAAAUUGGUGUUGCAUCCACGAAGGCAUACACUUCCCAAUUUAUUGCUUUGGUGAUGAUGGCUAUUCAAUUGAGCGAAGAUCGUUCAUCCAUGACACAGAGACGUAAUGAUAUCAUUGACGAACUUCAUAAAUUACCAGAUUAUAUUAAACAAGUACUUAGCAUUGAUAAAGAAUUACAAAAAUUGGCUAAAGAAGUUCUUUACAAAGAAAAGAGUUUAUUAAUUAUGGGACGUGGUUUCCAAAACGCCACAUGUCUAGAAGGUGCAUUGAAAAUUAAGGAAGUAUCAUACAUGCAUUCUGAAGGUAUUCUGGCUGGUGAAUUAAAACAUGGACCUUUGGCUCUUAUCGAUGAGAACAUGCCUGUUAUUCUUAUCAUGACAAAGGAUUCAUUGUAUCCGAAAGUACAAAGUGCUCUUGAACAAGUCACUGCUCGUAAAGGUCAACCAAUUAUUAUCUGUAAUGAUGGAGAUGAGGGUAUAUCGAAUAAUUACAAGGCUAUUCGUGUCCCUCAAACCGUUGAUUGCCUACAGGGACUUAUUACAAUUAUUCCUUUACAAUUGUUAUCAUAUCAUUUGGCCGUAUUGCACGGUGUUGAUGUCGAUUUCCCAAGAAAUUUGGCGAAAUCUGUGACUGUCGAAUAA